GAGGAAGAAAGAACCCAAUAAGGGGAAAUGAGGCGUUGAUCUUAGUAAAUGGGAGGUCAGGAGGUUCACAUGCUUCCUUCUUCCUGGAUUUGGGGCCCCAUUAGAUUCUGUACAAGGACCUAGAACUCUCUUGCCCCACAGCAGAGUAAGAUCUAUCCUCUUUCCCUUUUCAUUGAAAAGAUUGUUUGGUUCUUGUCUCCCUUCUUGCUCAUAUAUAUUUUUUUACUGUGGGCCUCUUCCAUCUUCAUCUUCUCAUUGUUUUAAGGAGCUAGAGAGAUACUUUUGUGCUAUGCUCGUUAUCUUGCAUCCUAUCCAGUUGCUGAUUGCCUCUCCUUUCCUGUUCAAUAUCUUUCUCAUAUACCUUUCACCUUUCUCUCUGAUACUCUCCUUUUGUCUAGAACUUCUUUUGUUUUUUUCUCUUUAACUUAUAGCACAUUAGUUUUUGCUGUUCUUCACCUGAUAUAUAAGCAUGAUCAUAAUCUUCUCACUAGACACGCAAACUAAGCUUUUCUACUGCAAAAUCACUCCUUUUGCAGUUGAAACAGUGGCUAAGAAGAAGCAGAGCAAUGGAUUUUUUGCUUUCUAAAGAAUGCCAUGCAAUCCAUUAGAUUCCACUCCAAUUGAGGUCCCAAGUUUUCAUAAUCAGCUUGAGCAAGUUGUUCUCUAUGGAGUUUGCUUUCAUCUUUACUAAGAUCAAUAUUCUCAUCAUCAUAUUGGCAAUCUGUUCUCCAUGCAAGUUCAUCCAGAGUCCAAUGGACUUUGGUUCCUCAAGCCUUCUCCAAACCACCAACACAUCAUCCAUAGACUUUGGAAGAAUUAUAUUCAGCCCUCCCUCUGCAGUUCUGAGGCCUCAAUCCACAGACGACAUCUCACUUCUCCUCACCUUCCUCUCUGCUUCAUCCUUCAGCAAAGUAACAGUUGCAGCAAGAGGAGCUGGGCACUCUAUCCAUGCGCAAUCUCAAGCCCUUGAUGGAAUUGUCAUAGAAAUGGACUCUCUCCCUUCUGACAUUCACAUUCACAAGAAAUUAGAUGAUGAGCAUGGCUUCUCUUAUGCUGAUGUUAGUGGUGGUGCUCUCUGGGUGGAGCUUUUAGAGGAGAGCUUAAAGUUUGGAUUGGCUCCAAGGUCUUGGACCGACUACCUUUACCUCAGCAUUGGAGGGACUCUCUCCAAUGGUGGCAUCAGUGGCCAAACCUUCAAGUAUGGGCCUCAAAUCAGCAAUGUUCUUGAACUAGAUGUGGUGACAGGAAAGGGAGACUUGAUAACAUGCUCACCCACCAAAAGUUCAGAGCUUUUCUUUGCAGUUCUUGGUGGGUUAGGCCAGUUUGGGAUCAUAACAAGGGCAAGAAUCCUACUCCAGGACGCUCCAGAGAAAGUGAAAUGGUUCAGAGCCUUUUAUGAUGAUUUUGACAUCUUCAUCAAGGACCAAGAGCUGUUGGUUUCAAUGCCAGAUUUGGUGGACUAUCUUGAAGGGUUCGUAGUUCCAAAUGAAGAAUCACUUCUCAGCUCCUCCAUUGCCUUCCCUGCUCCUCUUCAUUCAGUACCAUCAUUUCACUUGUCCAACGUCUACUACUGCAUCGAGUUUGCUGUUCAUGAUUUCCAAGUUGAACCCUCCGUUGUAGAACAAACCGUGGAGAAAAUAACCACACAGAUGAGCUACCUGCAACCCUAUAUUUACAGUGUGGAGGUAUCCUACUUCGAUUUCCUAAACAGGGUUAGGAUGGAAGAGAUGAGCUUGAGGGCUAGGGGACUCUGGGAAGUUCCCCACCCAUGGCUCAACAUGUUUGUGCCCAAAUUUGGAAUCAAAGAGUUCAAGGACCUAUUGAUGGACAACAUGUCACUAAAUCAAUUCAAAGGCCCAAUCCUCAUUUACCCUAUUCUCAAGAACAAAUGGGACACAAACACAUCGGCGGUGUUACCUGAUACGGAGGACCUGAUAUACAUCGUCGGGGUGCUUCAGUCCGCCGCUCCGGCGAUCUGCUCCGCCGAGUGCCUCGCCGGCAUCGUCCGCCGAAACCGCCGGAUAGUGGGGGCUGCCUCCGCCGAGCGGAUUGGGGCAAAGCAGUACCUGGCGCAGCAACCUUCCCUGCUCCAUUGGCGCAGCCACUUCGGUGGGGAAUGGAACCGGUUCGUGGCGCGGAAGGCCCGGUUCGAUCCGCUUGCUAUAUUGGGUCCGGGUCAAGGGAUCUUUCCGAGAGUGCGAUUGCAUGGAGCCGAUUCUACGUGGCAGUAGGUAACUAGGUAUUUCUACAAAUCUGUAAUAAUUCCGAAAUUUAAAGCAUGAGUUGAUGCUAAUGAUCCGCCAAGUCAGAAAUUUUGGAACCAGAGUUUUGAUUUAAUUUUAGAUCAACAAAAUUGAUGAAAUGUUUAAUUGAA